AUGCGCACCCACGACGAAUUCACACAGGAUCUCGAACCGCUCGAGACGGACGCAUUCGCCAACGACCGCCGCAAGAAGGCGCGCACCACCCCGACCCCACGCCUCUGCUACGACUGGAUGAUCGUCUCGGGUAACUGCCACUACGCGCGCGACCGCGGCGCAUUCCGCACCUACCGGCCCGUGGCGCAGCUCAUCAAGAACAACAUCUUCAACCCGCAGCAGGAGCUGGCGGUGGCGGGCGUGGGCACCGUGGAGCUGCAGGUGUGCCGCACGAGCAAGGAUGGCGGCCGCAGCGUGCACACGAUCGUGCUGGAGGACGUGCUGCAUAUCCCCGAGGCGGUGUGCAAUGGGUUCAACCCGCUGCUGUACGGGAGCAGCAUGUCGUGUACGAUGGAGGUGUGGGAGGGGGCGGACCGGUAUGGCGAGCCCGUGUGGUUUGCGGUGCCGUUUGCUGGGGGGACGAGGCUGGUGCUUGCUGGGGAGCCGCGCGGGGAGUCGGAGUUGAUCCAGGGGAUGUAUUAUACGUUGAGCUUGUCGAUUACGCCGCAGGAGAGGAGGGAGAUCUUGGGGCGACGACUGAAUGAUAUCUUUGUUAUGUGUCUGAAGAACUCCGACUCCGAGGGUGAACUCGUGAACUCCGAUCGUCGCGAGUCUGACAGGGAUGUCUUUAUAUGA